AGGGCACUGCUAUUACAGGGUGGAGCCUCCUUGGAACUGUCCAAGUAAGGGUGAGCUAAGUUUUCCAGAGCGGGGGUGCCUGUGGUGGAGAAGGCAUGCAGGAAAGGAACGCGGGCGCCAGCGCCAGCAUGAACGAGCGAAUGAACUCCGUGGAGGUCUUCGACGGUAUCCGCUUCCCAGGGUUCAUGCACAGCCAGGAGUCCCUACGGGCAGCCUGUGGCUUCCAGUUCAAGGACACAGACAUCCUCCUGGUGACGUUCCCCAAGUCAGGUACCACGUGGAUGCAACAGGUCCUGAGUCUGAUCUUCUGUGAAGGCUGCCUGUGGCCCAUUCACCACCUUCCCAACUGGGCCCGUGCGCCCUGGAUGGAGCAAAUCUCUUUCAGCCACUUAGUCACGCAGCUCAACACCUCCUGGCCUCGCCUGCUCACCACCCACCUGCCUGCCAAAGCGCUGGCCGCAGCUCUGAGGACGUCCAAAGCCCGGGUGAUCUAUAUGGCACGGAACCCCAAGGAUGUGCUGGUCUCCUUCUACCACUUCCACAAAAUCGCUGGCUUCCUGCCUGACCCCAGUUCCUUCGAGGACUUUGUAGAUGAGUUUCUUAAGGGUACAGGUUUCUUUGGCUCCUGGUUUGAUCAUGUGAAGGGGUGGCUGGGCCUCCAGCAGGACCUGAAUUUGCUUCUUGUCACCUAUGAGGAGCUGUACCAGGAACCUCGGGCCACCAUCCGGAAGCUCGGUGAGUUCCUGGGGCAUCCGCUGGGGCCACAAGAAGAGGCGGUCAUUCUGAAGCACUGCACUUUCUCCUUCAUGAGCCAGAGCAGCAUGGUCAACUACAGCCUGCUGCCCAAGGACAUCAUGGACCAGAGCCGGGGCAAGUUCCUGCGGAAAGGUGUGGUGGGGAACUGGAAGGAGCACUUCACUCCUGAGCAGGACGAGAAGUUCAAUGUCGUCUACAAGGCCCAGAUGGGCGACUCUGGCCUCUGCUUCCCCUGGACCAUGGACUGAGGAGCCCAGCCUGCUCCAGAGCGUCUGCGCUCCCAACCUGCUCUUCUGCUUCCAUGGCCUGACAUUAAAAACUCAUGUUUCGGGCUGGAGAGAUGGCUUAGCAGUUAAGCACUUGCCUGUGAAGUCUAAGGACCCCAGUUUGAGGCUCGAUUCCCCAGGACCC